GGCAGGACGAAUCUGAUGACGUCACGGAAACGUGACCUUUGUCGCCGGAAGGGAAAGCGUGUGAAUGAGUUGGGUUCGGCUGAAUCCGGUUCGGUUGCCAUGGCGCUGUCUCCGUACGUGCUGGCUAUGCAGGAAUUAUUCCGGGCAAACACGCGGAGCCGCGAGUUCCCCGCGCACGGGGCGAAGGUCCACUCGGUGGCUUGGAGCUGCUGCGGCAGCCGCCUGGCGUCUGGCUCCUUCGACAAGACCGCGAGCGUCUUCGUGCUGGACAAGGACCGCUUGGUGAAGGAAAAUAACUACCGUGGCCAUAAUGACAGUGUGGAUCAGUUGUGCUGGCACCCUACUAACCCACAUUUAUUUGUCACUGCAUCUGGAGACAAAACCAUCCGUAUAUGGGAUGUCCGCACUACUAAGUGCAUUGCUCCUGUUAACACCAAAGGGGAGAACAUUAAUAUCUGCUGGAGUCCUGACGGGCAGACUAUUGCAGUAGGGAAUAAGGAUGAUGUGGUUACUUUCAUUGAUGCAAAGACAUAUCGGUCUAAAGCUGAGGAGCAGUUCAAGUUCGAAGUGAAUGAGAUCUCUUGGAAUAAUGACAACAACAUGUUUUUCCUCACCAAUGGCAAUGGCUGCAUCAACAUUCUCAGCUAUCCAGAACUCAAACCUAUUCAGUCAAUAAAUGCCCAUCCCUCAAACUGCAUCUGCAUCAAGUUUGAUCCAAUGGGAAAGUAUUUCGCUACAGGCAGUGCCGAUGCACUGGUUAGCCUCUGGGAUGUGGAUGAGCUAGUGUGUGUGCGAUGCUUCUCUAGACUGGAUUGGCCUGUGAGGACAUUGAGCUUCAGCCAUGAUGGAAAAAUGCUAGCCUCAGCUUCUGAAGAUCAUUUUAUCGAUAUUGCUGAAGUGGAAACAGGGGAGAAGCUCUGGGAAGUACAGUGUGAGUCCCCAACCUUCACAGUGGCUUGGCACCCGAAGAGGCCUCUACUGGCCUUUGCGUGUGAUGACAAGGAUGGAAAAUAUGACAGCAGCAGGGAAGCUGGCACUGUGAAGCUCUUUGGUCUCCCUAAUGACUCUUAAGAGAAAACUGCUGGAGCCUAGGUAUAUUUGUGUCCUGGGGUUCUGAUCCAGGGCCAAGGUGUUCACCAGCCAUUUUUCCUGGGGUUUCAUUCUGAGUUUGCUACCUUUUCUUGGAUAGGAGGUAUACUACAGUCUGGCAUUGUCUUAUCCAAAAGGUCUGCUAUGUGAAGCUCGUGCAAACUGCCUGGAGCUAGUAGUCAUAGGGUUUUGGCCAACCAAAUUGUUGUUCACUUUUGGGGGUAUUUUCUAAUUAUUAUUUUUUACUACAAAGUUGCGGGAGGGAACGGUCCCCUGAUUUCUUGGCUGUUCAGGCACCAUAUCAGGCGAGGCUUACUGCAGAUCUUGGUAACUGAUGAUCUCUUGUCACCCCAUAAAGAUGGGGAUGCUCUGAGAGGAGAGCACGUUGCCAGUAAUCACAUCUGAAACUCUUAUUUUCUGCUUGAAGAAUAGUUAACUUGCCCUUUUUGGAGGCAGGAUUUGAGUGUAUGGCGAGUCUUUUAUUCUACUCAUAUCUUGGUAUUACAAAAGGAUUAUUUUUUGUAUGAACCAUUUUUGUAAUUUUAGAUAACAUUGUUACACGAAAUGAAUAAAACCUUGGUGUACUGCCAGGGGAAUAUUGCUGAUAUAUGAAUACUCA